UUAAACCUAUGUUAAUAUGUUUUUAGUGAUCAAAUGGUUUUGUAAAUUGUGAAAUGUGUUAUAUACUUAAUUGCAAUAAUCUAGUUUCAAUUAGUUGUUCUAAAUAAUGAAAAAGAAGUAUUUACAAUAUCUCGAACGCCAUUAUGCUUUUAAACUAAAUUAACGGUGCAAACUCAAUUUGAUUUGAAUGUUUCCAAUUAUAAGACGUACCAUUCAGACUAAAGUCGCUGGACCUAUUUAUAAAAAGAAUUAAAGAAUAGUUUCCUUUCAAUUUUGGCGGGAGAGCUGGCAGUGGCACGUUGUUUUGAGCUGUACGGUGAUGUGAUCUGUCAGCUGUCGCUGGUCUUGACGCCUCCUGGAAUUUGUAGUCGAAUUUAAUGCAAAAUUAGAAGUGCAAUAGUGUGUUUCGUGGUGCGGCACGAUAGAUGUGGACUUUCGAUAAUGCGCCGCGAAUAGGCGAUAUGGACGGCGCGCGAACGUGUCCAAGCUACGAGGCCGGGUUUGACGCGUGUGAUCAGGGUUCAGUGUUGGAGUGGUCGGGGCGAGGGCCGGCGCGGGUGCUGCGGCGGCGCUGCCGCAGCGAGGGCGUGGACCGCUCGCCGUACGAGGAUGCGCGAGAGCACCGCUCCUCGGACUGCGCGCGCGCCUACCGCUGGCCGCAUCGCAGCCAGUUCACUAUCAACAGCCACGAGCUGCGGCACGAGCGCUUCCACCACGAGUGCGCGCUGCCGGCCGCCGAGAACGGCGACUUCCUCAUGGCGCACGACGGCAACCACCACGGUUACCAGUCAGGAAGGACGAAGUAUCACAGACAAAGUCCAACCAGACCUAUAUUAGUUACAACAAUGUCUAACACCAAGUUAGACGACAGCCGACUGCCGAAGGUUGAGGAAUUGUUUGAGAAGGUGGACCAGGAGAUGAUGGAAGUGACGAUGGCCAAGCAGCCUCUUAAGUCAAUACUCAAUAACCCAAAAUCACAGCUGCAGAGCAUAUUGAAGAAACCCAAAAGCAGAUCAUACCAGGAUACAAAAUCUACAGCGGAAGGCAGAAGAAGACAAAGGGCAUCCAGUGAAUCUGAUAACUAUUAUUGUACUUUUCACAUAGGAUCUCCUGUACAAGGUUAUGACAACCACUCACCAUAUUUGUCCAACAACAUGAAGCGUGCGAAAGACAACUCCGGCACUGGUUAUUCCUAUGGAACAGCGAUCAAUGCACUGAGCCAUAGUCGUUCAAGAUCUCCUCCCCCUACAAACUAUUCUAAAAGCACUCGGUGUACAUGCAGAGACCAAGUUAUAGUGGCGCCCAAGGAUGAUGUAUACAAAAUGCACAUUUUGAGGACCACGGCCAUAAACAGUGAAACAGUGGACAAUAUUCCAGUUAUUGAAGUGCCUCGUCAAGACACCCACACGCCGACGCGGCCGGCGGUGAGCCCGGCGCUGCCCGUCAGCUCGGUGACGGCGGUGCCCGGCAACAAGAAGCCCGUCGCCAAGAAGAAGGCGAAGACGAAAAAGCCCGUCAAAAUGAAGACCAACGGCAAGGUGGAGGUGCGCGACGUGGAAGUUGACACUGCACUCAGCAGAUCGCCGUCCCCCGAAGGGUACACAGAGCAAUGGCACAUGGAGACAGACGCGCACGGCGUCAUAGACAACGGGCUCAGCACUGAGAAGAUUGCGUCUGUGACCGCACACAACGAUGUAGAACACAACUCUAUGGUCAAGAUCACUAGCAAACUCAACGGCACUGUGGUAUCGCCUAAGAAAGUACCGUCUAAAGAUUCACCCCUCUGUCUACCCGAGUCAAUAAACGGUUGUCUCCGCCCGUCCCUAUUCCCUCGAGUGCCGCCGUACCUCAAAUUCCUGGGCCACGAGGAGACAGCACCAUUGAAGAUCCCCCUGCCCAUACAGAAGCAUCUGAAGUGGAAACUCACCACCAUAACACCCAUAGUGGUGAAGAAGACGUUGAUCAACUCUGGGUUCAGGUUGAUGAAGAGCGAGUGUGAUACGGCUGAAUGUCCAGAAGAAGAAACCGUCGAAUGGAUAGGCAUAUGGGGUAAACACAUGAAAUCAAUAAUGUUCAGAGCAAUCAAGGACGGUCAGAAAAUGAACCAUUUCCCGGGGACCUUUCAAAUCGGUCGCAAAGACCGGCUGUGGAGGAAUCUGCAGAAGCUAGCAAACAAGUAUGGGGUUAAUGAGUUUGGGAUCAUGCCGAAGACAUAUGUACUGCCUCAUGACCUCAAGAUACUGAAGCACGAUUGGGAGAAGCAUGCGGCUAAUGAUGAGCGGUGGAUCAUCAAACCGCCCGCAUCAGCCCGAGGCACCGGUAUCAAAGUAGUGUCCCGUUGGACGCAAAUACCCAAAAAGAAGCCCGUAGUGGUGCAGAGAUACGUGUCCAAGCCGUACCUCAUAAACGGUAGCAAGUUCGACCUCCGGCUGUACGUGUUGGUGACGUCAAUGCACCCGCUAAGGAUAUACCUUUAUAAGGACGGCUUAGCUAGGUUCGCUUCUGUGAAAUACAACGAUGAGUUGACAUCACUGAACGAUAGAUACAUGCAUUUAACCAAUUACUCCAUCAAUAGAUUGUCUAAGAACUAUACGCCCAAUGAGGACUUCGCUGCCUGCGAGGGACACAAAUGGACGUUACAAACCCUAUUUCAAUACCUAAAGACUGAACAGAACGUGGACACGGAUGCACUGUGGGAAUCCAUAAAGGAUCUAGUGAUCAAAACUAUAAUCUCUGGUGAAGCGAGCAUCAGUUCGUUGACCAAAGCAAAUAUCACUUCUCGGUAUAACUGUUAUGAAUUGUUUGGCAUUGAUGUACUGUUGGAUGAAGAUCUGAAACCGUGGCUUUUGGAGGUGAACAUAUCGCCGAGUCUGCACAGCGCGUCGCCGCUCGACAUCCACGUGAAGGGCCCGCUAGUGAGCACGGUGCUCAACAUCGCGCAGUUCCAAGUGCCCGUCAAGACCAACAUUGACGUGCUCUCCAAAGAGAAACCCACCAAAUUGGCCGGAUUGCCUUAUGACAGUAGAUUGUAUACAGUGUACCUAUCUAAGGAAGAAAGGGAUAAACAUAUUAUUUAUACCAACAUGGAUGACAGAGACAUGUAUUUGCGUGACAUAUUAUCAACACUCACACCGGACGACGUCCGUCACCUCAUCCAAGCGGAGGACGAACUGACACAGACGGGGCCGAUGGAGCGAGUUUUCCCCACGGAGCACUCCCACAAGUAUCUGGGCUAUCUGGCCGGUCCGCGGUACUACAACCGACUGUUUGAUGCCUGGGAAUCGCGGUACUGCCUCAACAGAGAGACUGGCGUGGAACUCUUACGCAACCUGUGUGAUAUCGGCUAUCACCUGGAAGUGCCGCCCGUGCCUCUCAAGCGGGCGCCGGCUCAGCAGUUGGAUCGUUGCAGAAUGACGUGGACGCGCCGUCGCCGCCCGCCUCGGAGAAGCGUUCGUCGCAGUCUCUCGCUACGGAGCGCGCGUCCGCCGUCUCGCUGUCCGCCGCGCCCCCCCGCGCCUGCAGCGACGCGGUGCCCCGCGCCCCCCCGCUCGCCGCGCCCGCGCUGCAGCCCCGCGCCUAGCUCCAGCACUGACGUCAACAUGAACGAGUGCGACAAGCAUCUGUGUUGAUAGUCUAGGAUCCGGCAUUACAAAUGUAUACCCUCAUCUGUUAUUCAUUUUUUAGUGAUAAGAACCCUCAUCUGUUAUUCAUUAGUGAUAAAAAUAUAUAAUAGAUAAUGUUCACAGAGAUACAAUUGCAAAUAGGUUGCCUAGUUAAAUUACGGCCAAACAUUUUUCAUGCUAAAUGUAGGAAACCAUGAACUAGAUCAAAGGCAGUCUAAUACAGUUGAAUUAAGCAUAAAACUAGCUUUGAUUUGACAUAUUAGACGACUAAAUAACUGAUGAGGGUAUAUAAAUAAUAUUACUUAACUGUUAAAAUCUGGCAUACCCACAGUUGCAGUGUCAAAGCAGGCAACCUUUACUUUUUCAAUUGUUUUGGGUAUAGUCUAUUAACUAGUGUACAUUUUUUUUAAAUUAACCAGUGAAAUUAAAUAGCUAAAAAAGUAAUGAUUAUUAAUUACUGUUCGGCUGCAAUUUAACUAGGCACCCUUUGUGCAAUGUGUCAAUGUAAAUAUUUUCUAUCAUUUAGUUCUUAUCCCAAUCAACAGAUGAGUAUAUAAAUUUCUUAUGCCGGGUCUCGUACUAUGAGUUUACAAUGCCAUCUAUGUUAUUACAGUUUCAGUCCUAAACACUCGUGUGAUGAGCCACGCAUCAAUAUGUUGUCGUGGGCACAUUGAGUUACUAUGUACUACGUGCUAGAGAAGACGCCAUCACUACCGCGUUCCAGUCAACUGCGGCGAUAUCGCUUCACUUCACAUUAGUGAAGUGUGGCACUAGCGGCGCUACUGACGUCAUCGUAAACGAGUGCGACAAGCAACUGUGUUGAGCUGACAACGCUAUAUAUAUUAUAUUAAUGCUGUUUCAGUGAUAAUUUACUACAUACUAGAUAUGCUAUUCCAAACAAAAUCAUGUUGUGAAGAUCUAUGAAAUAUGCAAUGCUAAAUCGCUUGAAGAAUAUAGUUUUCUUACGACCAAAACAUCAUAAGCGCCAUAAAUUACGUGGUGCUUUGCUUUAGCUCAACACAGUAAGCUAACAAGAAAUUAAAGUGAAGCUAUAUCGCCGCAGUUGAACGGAACGCAGUAGUUGUGAGUGUUGUCUUCUCUAGUACAUAGUAACUCAAUGCCGUAGACAUCGAUAAAUAUAAACUUAGUAACAGCAUCAUCCACAACAUAGACAACUAUUUUUUUUUGUUUACAGCUCUACCUUGUCCUUCAAUUGGGUACAACCUUUUAAAGUUAAAAACUUUAAAUGGGUUUUCAAGUUAUUUCUUAACUAGUAGAUGCCGCGCGGUUUCACCCGCGUGGUUCCCGUUCCCGUAGGAUUACAGGGAUAAAAUAUAGCCUAUAGCCUUCCUCGAUAAAUGGGCUAUCUAACACUGAAAUAAUUUUUCAAAACGGACCAGUAGUUCCUGAGAUUAGCGCGUUUAAAUAAAAACUCUUCAGCUUUAUAAUAUUAGUAUAGAUAUCGACGGAUGUAAUCUUAAUCUACCUGCAAAAAACCACAUUCUAACAGAUUCAAUAGUUCUGGUGGAGAACAUAAACAAACAUUUUGAAAAUUGAUAUUUUCUGUAAUAAGCGACAUUACUGAAAAAUCAAUUUUCAAAAUGGUUGUUUAUGUGUUUUUAGAUUUGUUUGGACGAUGUUGUGCUUAAGUAUUUACUUAUCGAAACUCCCAAAAACAGCGAAACAGAGAAUAAAGAAUUUAGAAUGAACUUGACGUAAAUUAUAGUAUGUAUGUUAACUAUUAUGAAAAACAUGAGCAUGUGUUAACAUUUUUUUUUAUCUCGUUUUGUGUUGUUUAUAUAUUAUGUGCUAAAUAUAAAUAUGAUCGGACUACCUGUCUUCUGCUGGCAUAUUUCCAUAAUCACAGAAUUAAAAAGGCUAGAUUUCCAAAGCCGUUGAAAUCAAAAUUAAAAAGCAUCAAAACCUUGACUUUAUUAUAUAAAAGCCCAAUAUGCUUUGUCCUAACGCCGUCUAUUGUAAGUUUUCGGGUUGAAUUUUGAAAUUGCUAAUUAUGAAAUUUUUCGAUUUUUCAGAAAGGGGUUCAUAAACAGUACCUAUAUGUAUAGGUACUUAAUUACUUAUUCAAUACAAUUUUUUAAAUCAGGUGAUAUUGUUGAUAAAAAAAUUGAAAAUUAUUGUAUUUAAAAUAAAUCAUGUUCAUGCAACGAUAGUAAUUAAUGAUUCACAGCAGAUUAUGCAAGUGAUUCUGAUCGUAUUUAAUAUUAAUUGAACUCAAUGUAUUAAAUCGUAUGCGUUUUUGUGGCGAAUCGUCAAAAAUCUCUGCGUUCCCGAACGUUGGGUGAUGUUUUUAAAUUUUAAGUAAAAAUAAAUAAUUUAGGCGUAACUAAAUCAUAUGAAACGGUAUUCCUUAACUAGACCACACGACGCGAUCCGCUUAUGAAUAAUUUGAAUAGUAUUGGCCCGAGCGAUCUGCCUUGUGUGCUCCAGUUGUUAAGAUAAGUCAGGAGCUUAAACGUCCUAGUGUUAACAACUUAGUGUAACUAUGGUGUAUAAAAAAAAUUAGAUUGUAUUUGAAACCGUUCUUCUCCACUGCGUUAUGAAUCUUUCGACAUUCCUGAAGUUUCGAUCGUAGGUUAGCUUUCCACUGACGAUGUUAGGCUGUAGCUAAGCUAUGCUAAGCUAUAAAUCUUACACUCAGCGAUUAUAUUGUUUGUUUUUUACACAGUGUAAAAACUAAAAAAGAAAAGGUUAAAUUAAAUAAGCUUUGCUAAGCUAUGAAUUCUUCACUCAGCGAAUAUAUUGUUUAAUUUUUACACAACGAAAAAGUGUAAAAUAAAGGUUAAAUGAGUUAGUACUAAUAACAAAGUAACACCAAAAUAGCAGAAAUAAUUAGAUUUUACUACCGACUAAUUAUUUACUGUUUGAUUUGUUUACUUCAAAUAAGUAAUUUAAAAAAAAUUACCAAAAAUAAUCACUGUCUCAAAAACGUUUAAAUAUUUUGAGACAGUGAUUAUUGUUAACAAAUUGUUAGUUAUUAGUUAUUUACGACUAAGCUAUGCUAUGUCAUGCUUAGCUUAUUGUAGUCGUGGAUAACAUUUAUAAGCUAUGACAGAACAUCUUUGAUGGAAAGCUAGCCUCGAAAACAAAAAAAAUACUUGGAAAAAAAAAUUAGUAACAAAAGACAAAAAUAAUUCAAUGUAAAUCUAAAAUUAAGUGUGUUGCCUUAUAUUUGAAAAUCGAAUGCGUUAAUUUCUAUAUUUUUUUAUUAGUUUUGGUAAAAUUUAAAUAUAAAUGUCAGGAAUAGGAUUGUCAGGUGUUAGAUAUAAACAAUGUAUCUAAAUUGCAAUGUGUUCAGCAUAUUAUCUAGUAUUGCUAGAUUAGUGAUACGUAAGCUUAGAGACAGUUAGGCUCAAAAGGGCAAGAAUCCAGAGCCGCAAAACCAGUUAUUAAAAAAAAUAGAGACGGUUAAUUAUGAGAUAUUGUUUGGAAUCGAUUUAAAUUUGUAUGUGUAUAUAUCUUGGAAAUGAGAAAUCGAUUUAAAUGUUUGAAUGUCAAGUGUUCAUUCCUGGGUCUAUAGCAAAAUUACACAUUUCUUCUCUUUUUAACGCUAACGCUUCGAAAACUAAAGAAUGUAUGAGAAUGACAUUUCGAAUAGGGUAGUUGACUCGUAUAUUAAUUUUCUACAUGGAAUAAGGGUCCGAAAUAUAUCGAUAUAAAUCAUUAAAAGUUAGGAUUUUUACAAACGUCAAAAAUUUUGUCGUCCAUUUUGUGACGUCACGAUGUUACUUGAUGUCACAAUUAAUUAAUAAACGUCAAACUAAUCAUUAACUAAGUUUGUCAAACGCACCGUUUGGUUAAGGUUUAGUGUUAUCGUGACGUUAUGAACAGUUAAAAAAUAGACCAUCAUGGCGAACAGCCUAUUAAGUUCACGUGAUCAAUCAAUAACGAAUGUUAUCCCUUAUUUCGUUUUCGACGCGGUAUCGUUUAUAGAAAGAGAAUCGAAAUGUAACAUGGCUAGAGAUCCUGAUUUGAAACGAAUGAUGCAUGUCUUAUGAAAAACGCGUUACCUUGUGUUUCGCACUUUUUAAAUAAUUUACUUGUAAUGAUUUUAUAGUAGUUUUAGUAAUUCACCUUCGCCAGUACAAUUAUUUUGGUACCAAGUUAGUAGAAAGCUAUAGUCCUGUUUGCUAAAAUCGUUUUUAAUAACGAAGUUACGAUAAAUAACAUUCAAACGAAGGCCACCAAAGCGCACCCCCUUCGGUUUCGCCGUUUCGUAGUUCCCGUUACUGCGAGAAUACGGGUAUAAAAUAUAUCAUGUUACUCGCUGGUGAUGUAGCUUUCCAUAAGUAAUAAUGAAACACAGAAAACACAGAAUUUUAAAUACUUAACGGGAAAUAAUGCUCAUUUUAGCUGUAGCUGUUUGUUCUUUAGUUGAAUUUAAACAUAAUUAUGAUAUACAUGAAAGGGCCCUUAUACAAGACUAUAGCUUCGCUAAAUGCAAUUUGAGAAGAAGAUUUUAGUGAAUAUUCCUGUAUUUGCAUUUUUAAACCAGUGUUUGUGUAAUUUUGUUUAAUGAAUAAUAGUUGUAUUGGUUUUCCUUUAAAAUGUAAUGAUAUGAAUUGUUAUUUCACUAUAACAAUGAAUGUUAAUUGUAUUUUGGUUUUAGCAUGACUUAAAUGACAGCCGAUUUCAAAACGCUAAUGAAUACGCCUUUCAAACAAUAUAAUAUUAUGUUUGUCUACUUCUGGAAGACUAAAGUGUUUUUCAGGUAGCAUGAGUACGGUGACCUGCCUUAUGAUCCUUUAUAUGUACUAUUAUCGCGAAACGCGGCCAACUUUCAAAAGCGAAACGAUUUGUCACCCGCACCAUGCUAUCUGAAAAACACUACUUGCCUUUGGGUAUAGCCAGCAGCGUGCUUUUUAUAAAUGCAAAAAUGCAUGGGUUAUCCUGAGAUCUCAUUACGUACUUUAAUUGGUGAAGGUAUUUUCCAUGUUGUUCAAUUUGUACGUUUGUAAUGCCUUCCCUUGUUAAAAACCUCGUGUACGCCACUGGGUUGUAUCUGAAGUGUUACAUACAAGUUUUGUCAGCACAAAAUUAACAGCGUUGUGGUGUGUAAAAUCGAAGGAAUUUCCUACAAUUUUAAGCAUUAGUUUUAGCAGCGGGACUUGAUUCAUGGUGCGGAGUCUACUUCCAGGAAUAGAUUGACUAUAUUAUAGUCAGAUAUAUAAUCAGGAAAAGAAUAUUAUUCAUGACCAUACUCCUAAAUAAUGCUGUUGUGAUAAAUAUUAUGUUUCUGGGAUUAAUAAAUUAGGCCUGUUUAAAUUUAACGAUUUAAAUAAACGGUAUAUCGAAAGCGAAAUGAAAAGUCGUCUGUAUGCUAAAUCCGUUUUUUGUUUUUAAUAAACAUUAAGUUCGUCUUUUAUAGAUCCUAGCAAUUUUGUACUUGUAUUUUUUUUUUAAUAAAUAAAAAACUGUACCAACCAAAGAGAUGUACCGUAAAAUCAAACUUGACAAUUCCUCAACGGUAUCGCCUCCAAUCUGAACAAUUAUAAUAAAUGUAUGCAUUUGA